AUGGCUCAGGAUUCGGUCGACGCCGGGCUCCAGUAUCGAGAGCGACGGUACAGAAGGAAGGACACCGAGUCGUGGAGAAGGAGAUCUUCAGCACAUGGAGUGACGCUCUUCAACGCCCCGAUGUGGAAGACACCGGCGCCCAGCUGCCUGAGCAUUCCUAUUCAGCUAAGACGCCUCCUAGGUUGCCACACCAGCGGGACGGCCGGGACGAAACCAACAGAGUGCAAGGGUCCCAAGAUUCUAGAGAGAUUCCAGAUCACCGACAAGGGCCGGGCAGCAUCGGGCGAUGGCCAGCGGUGGCCGCAAUGGUGGAUGAUCAAACAAACGCACAAAGAAGUCAUGUCUCUCGGCGCUCCCGAGCUUGACAAGGACCAGGCGUCCUGCGAAGAGCGGCGCUCAGGCCCCAGGCUCCAGGGCAACUGCCGGAUCCGGGACCAGGGCCGCACGGAUACUUGCCAUGACCUUGCAGAGGCGCGCUUCUGCGAGGAGAGUACUUCUGAAACCUGUCAAAGAGACGCAUCCCUUGGAGGCCGCGGCAGACCGUCGAAGGUCGGCUAA